CUCUGUUAAUUAGAUUCAUUUUUCUCGAGAAACUCGACAGACAGGAGGCAGAUGGACUAUAACUAUAUUAGCACCAUCAAAUUUCUAUGGUAGUGGCGAUCAUAUUCAAUAUUUGCGCUUUCCUGCCGUAUACGGUAGCCAUGUGAUAGAUACAAUGAUGGAGGUGAUCACCACAGCCGUCAACAUCAUUGUUGAUCAUUGGCAGAAACUCUACGAUGAAGUUCAAAAAGAAUGUGAUGGCGAAAACAUCAGUUUUAUGGAUGGCGAAAAAUAUGUGCAUCUGCUAUACGACGACAGCAAUUUUCGGAGAUCUAGAUUCUACUUCUGGGCUAUUGGAUGUUUGAGUUCAUUUGAGCAAAGCGUAGCAGAGACGUUGUGGGAACUAUCGAUGUUUCGAACAGAAGCUCGCGAGAAGGUCGAGCGUCGUAGGGGGGUGAUCGCUAGAAGUGAAAAAGUCGAAGCAACCUAUCAGCAAGCGAUAGAUGAUUUCGAUCAAGCCUACAAGAAUCUUGAUGGCAUUCGUGAUCAGCUAGUGAAGAAGCGGGACGAGAUGAAAGUAUUGCGAGAUGGGCUUUUUAGUGCAAGCGGCGUCAUGGAAAGCCGGCAGUCUCGAAUUCUUGGAGAGAACGUUCAGCUGCUGGCUUUCGUGACAAUAUUCUUUCUUCCCUUAGCUUUUAGCGCAUCACUGUGGAGCAUACCUGGCGUUAAUGAGAAAUACCCUGGAAUCGUGAUACCAGGCGCAUUUGCCGCUAUCAUCGGUUUCAUCACCUAUUUCAUCGUAUUCAAUUUGAACCUACUCAUAUCAGGGCUUCGGCGCCUGUUUUCUGUCCCCCGCAGUAUUCUACUGGCGAGGAUGGCGAAUGAAAAGGAUAAUUCAAAAUACGACUCAGAAGACAACCCACAAGGCGAUCCAGAGGGUAGCUCAGUAAAAAACACGACGAGUGCACGGAGCUCAGUGAACAACUCAACGAAUGUACGCAACUCAGUGAGCAACUCGAUGAGGGAAGUCGGAUCAGUAAACAACUCAAGACAUGAGGGCAGAUCAGUGAACAACUCAAUAAAUGAGGGCAGCUCAGUGAAUAACUCAACAAAUGAAGGUGGCUCAGUGAACAAUUCUACGAGGGAGGGCAGCUCAGGGAAUAACUCACGGAUUGAUGGCAAUGGAAAGAAGAAAAUAAUUGUGGUAAAUGACAAAUUAUCUACAGAUUGGCCAAAGAGGGCCAAGGCUUUUGAGGUAUUCCCACGCCAAGAUGAGGGACCUAGACCCUCAAACUGGCUGCUUCUUUUUUACGCCAUUCGAUUACUUGUUUUAAAAACCUUUGAUCUUAUCAUUGGUUUUUUGGCAUGGCUUCGGGAAGUUAUUGCAUCUGACCCCUCAAACCAGGAUCCCGAUACUGAAAUGGCAAACCGCCCUACACCCAGAAGGUAGAGUUUUCCGUUCGUAUGGGACUCUUGUUUCAAUUUGCGGGAGAAUACUCGUGGGGCUUAAAGGCUGGUGGAAGUUAUCGUGGGCAAAGGUCAACGAGGGGGUGAUAAAUCAUUGUUAUUUGAAAUAUUUACAACAGCUAUCUGUCAAUUAACGGCUUCUGAUUACCUGGGGCUAUGAGUAUCAUAUCGUGACCCUUCUUGAGCUAGUUACUGAAAUGAUACUAAAAAAAAAAAUUAUAUUACCUUAAACCUCAG